CGGAGGCGAGCGGUGCUAUGAAGCGGCUCUGCUUCGCCGUCCAGAAACAAAGCAACUUCUCUGUGCGGACGUAAGACUCUUGCUCGAUGCUCUCCUUUUCGAAGAUGGAUUUCUUCAAACUCCGUCCCGCCUGACAUGGAUGCCCCUGCACGUCCUUCACCAUCUCCAUCAUCACCGCCGUCUCCUUCCUCGGCCGAGCCGGAGAGCAUUUGCUUCUGCAGCGGAGACGCGGACACGCAGCGCUUUUUUUUUCCUCUCUCUUCUCCCCCCCCACCCCACCACCCCCCCUAUGGAUAUGAGGAAGCGCUCGUCUAACCUGCCGGAGUGAACGAGGAAAAAAAAAAAAAACGCACACCUGGGAGAUACGGCGAUUUAGGGCAAUGCCGAAUAGCGCGCGCCACACAGGAACCGUGAAGAUGACCUCCCUGCUGGUUUCUAACGGCAGAUUCAGGCGCAGUCUCCUGCUGCUGCUUUUACACUGUGUGGGAUGUUCUCACGGGAUGCCACACGUGUUGAGAUUCGGAGGGAUAUUUGAGUCCAUCGAAAGUGGCCCAUCGGGUGCUGAGGAACUCGCCUUUAAGUUUGCUUUAAACACAAUCAACAGGAACAGAACUCUACUGCCAAACACCACUCUUACGUACGACAUCCAAAGGAUAAACAUCUACGACAGCUUUGAAGCUUCUCGUAAAGCCUGUGACCAGCUUUCACUGGGAGUGGCUGCUAUCUUUGGUCCCUCUCACAGUUCUUCGGCCAAUGCUGUCCAGUCCAUCUGCAACGCCCUGGGGGUGCCCCACAUCCAGACUAAGUGGAAGCACCAGGUUUCAGACAACAGAGACAUCUUCUACGUCAGUUUAUAUCCAGACUUCUCAUCCCUCAGCAGAGCCAUCCUGGACUUGGUGCACUUCUUCAAGUGGAAGACAGUCACUGUGGUUUAUGAUGACAGCACCGGUCUGAUUCGAUUGCAAGAACUUAUAAAGGCCCCGUCGAGGUACAACAUUCGAUUAAAGAUUCGGCAGCUCCCUGCAGACACCAAGGAUGCCAAACCGCUGUUAAAGGAGAUGAAAAGGGGGAAGGAGUUCCACAUCAUAUUUGACUGUGGACAUGAAAUGGCUGCUGGGAUCCUAAAGCAGGCUCUCGCCAUGGGAAUGAUGACAGAAUAUUAUCACUAUAUCUUUACAACACUGGAUCUAUUCGCCCUCGAUGUGGAAUCCUACCGAUUCAGUGGCGUAAACAUGACUGGCUUUAGGAUUCUCAACACUGAGAACAGCCAGGUGGCGUCCAUCAUCGAGAAGUGGUCCAUGGAGAGACUGCAGGCCCCUCCUAAACCUGACUCUGGUCUACUGGACGGCUUCAUGACAACGGAUGCUGCACUAAUGUACGACGCUGUGCACAUGGUGGCCGUAGCCGUGCAGCAGUCUCAGCAGAUCACUGUCAGCUCAUUACAGUGCAACCGACACAAGCCUUGGCGCUUUGGGAACCGCUUCAUGGCCCUCAUCAAAGAGGCCCACUGGGAUGGCCUGACUGGGAGGAUAACUUUCAACCAGAGUAACGGCUUGAGGACAGACUUUGACCUCGACGUCGUCAGCCUGAAGGAAGACGGACUCGAGAAGAUCGGCACCUGGGACCCUCCGAGUGGCCUGAAUAUGACUGACAGCCAGAAAGGGAAAACUACCAAUGUCUCGGAUUCCUUAUCCAACCGAACCCUCAUCAUCUCAACUAUACUGGAGGAGCCAUAUGUGAUGUUCAAGAAGUCCGAUAAGCCCCUGUAUGGAAAUGACCGCUUUGAGGGCUACUGCAUAGACCUGUUGAGAGAGCUCGCCAACAUCUUGGGCUUUAUCUAUGAAAUCCGCUUGGUGGAAGAUGGGAAAUAUGGCGCCCAGGAAGAAAACUCUGGCCAGUGGAAUGGUAUGGUGAAGGAAUUAAUGGACCAUAGAGCUGAUCUGGCAGUGGCCCCCCUAGCCAUCACAUACGUGCGCGAGAAGGUUAUUGACUUCUCCAAGCCCUUCAUGACGUUGGGUAUAAGUAUACUCUACCGCAAGCCGAAUGGGACCAACCCGGGGGUCUUCUCCUUCCUCAACCCCCUCUCGCCUGAUAUCUGGAUGUAUAUUCUGCUGGCUUACUUGGGUGUCAGUUGUGUGCUGUUUGUCAUAGCCAGGUUUAGUCCCUACGAGUGGUAUAACCCCCACCCUUGCAACCCUGACUCGGAUGUAGUGGAAAACAAUUUCACCCUGCUAAAUAGUUUCUGGUUCGGAGUUGGAGCUCUCAUGCAGCAAGGGUCUGAGCUCAUGCCGAAAGCACUCUCCACCAGAAUAGUAGGAGGAAUCUGGUGGUUUUUCACACUCAUCAUCAUUUCCUCCUACACCGCCAACCUGGCGGCCUUUCUCACUGUGGAGAGGAUGGAGUCGCCCAUUGACUCUGCCGAUGACCUGGCCAAGCAGACCAAGAUAGAGUAUGGAGUAGUAGAGGAUGGUGCUACUAUGACUUUCUUUAAGAAAACCAAGAUCUCCACAUAUGACAAAAUGUGGGAGUUCAUGAGCAGUCGGAGGCAUUCUGUGAUGGUGAAGAAUGUAGAAGAAGGCAUUCACCGAGCGCUAACCUCCGACUACGCUUUCCUCAUGGAGUCUACCACCAUUGAGUUUGUCAUUCAGCGAAACUGCAACCUCACCCAGAUUGGAGGCCUCAUUGACUCACAAGCAUAUGGGGUUGGCACUCCGAUGGGUUCUCCUUAUAGAGAUAGGAUCACUAUUGCCAUCCUGCAGCUUCAGGAGGAAGGCAAGCUGCACAUGAUGAAGGAGAAGUGGUGGCGAGGAAAUGGCUGCCCGGAAGAGGAAAGUAAGGAGGCCAGCGCCCUCGGGGUGCAGAACAUUGGCGGAAUAUUCAUUGUCUUAGCCGCUGGACUUGUUCUCUCGGUGUUCGUGGCAGUGGGAGAGUUCCUCUACAAGUCCAAACAGAACGCUGAACUUGAGAAGGCCCAAUGGCGACAACGAGAUAAGAAACCGGUCAUUUUGCAGUGCCAUGGUGGACGAGCUGAGGGUCUCACUGAAGUGCCAGCGCCGCCUCAAACACAAGCCUCAGCCAGCCGUCAUGGUGAAAACGGAGGAGGUUAUCAACAUGCACACGUUCAACGACCGCAGACUGCCAGGGAAAGAGACCAUGGCAUGAAAUGGGAAUCACUUUCUCACCCUCACCUUUGCAAUGAGGUGUGUAGAGACACUUGGGGGAAAUGUAGGGGGAAUUGGUAAAAAAGAAAAAAGGAUGUGCCGGUUAUUUUUUGAGAGUACGUUGACAAAGAGUCAUACUUAUUAAGGAUAAGCUGGGUUUCAAAAAUAUUUCCUGUGGAAAUAACUUGAGCCUAAGUGACGUUUCAGCAAGUUACCUCAUUAUUCUUACUACAAUAAAGUUGUCAAAGUUAAACAAAAAUGCGGAAUGAGAGGCUGGCAAUAUUCAACUUUUAGGUGGAAUGGACCUAUAAUCAAAAAAACAAAACUGCUGUGACCACGGAGAAAUUCUACUCGUUUGGACCACAAACGAACGUGUAAUUAUUUGUUGAACACAAAUAAAGUACGUAAAAACAGGCUCUCGACCGAACCCCCAACAACACAGUGAGCUGAUUUAAAAAAAAUGUUUAGAGAAGUAUCGCUUAGUCACAUACUGUAACUGACCAAGUAUGUAUUGUAUAUCAUCCAUCAGGCAAUAAGUGAUAUCAUUUCUUUGUGUUUCAGAGUACUAACACUUUCAGAAAAAUGUAGUGUGUGGAUGCAGAGGAUGCAGAGUUGCUGUAUAGACAAAGGAUGCAUGGUUUAGGGGCUAUAUAGCAAGCUGUUAAGUUCCAUGUAUUGUAUGAGCCUGUAGUCGCUUAUAAGGAUCCAUGAAGUGCACACGUUAACUUAAAGUUUGGACAACUUUUUUUGGAUGUGAUCGGCACAGCUUUGUUUGAAUUCACACAAUGCCACUAUUAAUAAACUGUAUUUAUUCAAAGUA